AUUCAUUUGAAUCAAACCAAUUAUGUGUUUCAACUUUGGACCACAGGGUGGCAGUUUAUUACAAGACAUAGUUAACUCUUUUCCCUAUCCAUUCCUUACAACUUUUUAUAGCUUUCCUUGUGUGGUAAAAAUGAACGUUUUCUGACUAAUGUUAUUUUAAACUAAUCCACAUAUCCUGUUUGUGACUUUUGGUAGGCCUAUUUUAUAUCUAUCCGUGUGUACUGAAAAUUCCCACUUGUGACUUUUGGUAUUAUAUAUCCAUCUGUCUGCAUUGAAAUUGCCCCUCAGUCAGCGUAAUACAUCCCGAUAAAAUGACUCCGCUGCACUGACGACAAGUUGCUCUAGAAGCGGUGAUCGCGUAAGUUAUGGCCGGAGCUCAGCCCAGCCUUCCGCCCAGCCCAUGCAACUUGCGUUCAUUUACCAAAAGGGCGGUUUGUACGGUUCCCCGACCACCUUCAUAGGACAUCGUACCUCUAUUGGCUGAUGAGUAACACGUUAAACUAGUUUCCUUCCGCUUUGUAUAACACAGCAGCCUUUGCGCGUUUGGGACCAAAGUUAAAGCGACUCCAGCUAGUUAAGGGCGCUGUUGCUUGAAGACGCACAGUGGAAUCACUGGUGGAGGGGAGGCCCUCCCUGUCAUCUUCUGAUCCGGACCCAGCACAGGGUGAUCCGGUGUGGGGAGCUUGCCUACAGAACAUGGCUGCUGAGCUGAUCCGAGACCCAAGCGAGGGCCCAAAGGGUACUGAUGGGGGUCACACUACUCUGCUGGAAAAAACCCAAGAGUUCUUCCAGAUCUGUGACACGGAGGGCAAAGGCUUUGUGACACGCAGGGAUAUGCAGAGGCUCUGUGGAGAGCUUCCCCUAACCUCAGAGGACCUGGAGGAUGUGUUCGACUCCCUUGAUGCAGAUGGAAAUGGCUUUCUCACCUUGGAGGAGUUUUCCAGUGGAUUCAGUGAGUUUCUGUUUGGCCGGAGGAUCUCUGUAGCAGAGCAGACCACAACUUCACCUGGCCCGGCCUCCUCUAAAGUUGUAUUCCAGAGUCAGUGUGACGAGCUGGACUUUAGCGAGGAUGAGGAGGAGAAGCACUUCUCUUUGCUAAUGGAGAGCCUGGGGGCCAGCCACGUGUUUGAGGAUCCAAGAGAAGUGCGCAUUCUAUGGGCUGAGCUUCGACGGGACGAGCCUCACCUCCUGUGCAACUUCGAGGAGUUCCUUGUCCGGGUCACCCAGCAGAUCAAAGAGGCCAACAAGGACAAGAGAGACAUGGAAAGUCUGCUGAGGAGGAGAACUGCUUCUCAUGAUGAUGAAAUCCAACGCCUUUAUGAGGAGAUGGAGCAGCAGAUCCAGGAUGAGAAGGAACGCAUUACCCUGCAGGAUUCUGAGCGCUUCCUAUCACGGAGCCAGGACCUGGAGCACAAGCUGGUCUUGAAAGAACAAGAGAUGGAGAAUCUCAUCCAGAAGCAGAAAAAGCUAGAAAGACAGUGCAGGGACCUGCACAGUGAACGGCGGGAGACCAGUGUGGAGAAUGUCAAGCUAAAGCAAACCAAUGAGGAGCUGACCAGGGAGCUGAAGAGAAGGGCCCAGGAGCUUUCUCUCGCCCAGGACCAGCUGGGGCUGCUGCAGGAACAGUCCAGCCACCUGCGUGAGGACCGUGACAUGGAGAUGUACUGGGUCACUGAGGGCCUGCAGAGGGAGAAAACUAGCCUGCUGAAGCAGCUGGACCUCCUCAGGGAGAUGAACAAGCAUCUGCGGGAUGAGCGUGACAUGUGCUCUAUGAAACCCAGGACUUCCUUGAAAACGCCCUCGCCCAGAUCGACAUCCACCCCGCUGCGGCCUGCUGACCGCAAGCAGGCCAAUGUCAGCAAUGAGGAUGAGGAUGAGGAGGACGCCCCCUCGUGCUCCUGGAGGAAGAGCUCCCUAGGUCUUAACGGGCUUGGGCCGCCUCUCAGUCAGGAGGUGGAGCUGGCUCAGGGGACAGGGGGCCAACGUCACCUACCUAGAAUCAUCUCCAUCGAGGAGGACCCCCUGCCCCAGCUGCUACAGCAGGAUUUCCAGUGCCAGCUGCCGCAGUGGAGCGAAGAUGAGGAGGGCGAGAACGUGGAUCCACAGACCAGAGGCAACACCUCUGCUCACAGCCCGUCCAAUGCCAACAGGGCUGUGCCCUCAUCCCCCCGGGGCCGGCCAGUUGGCAAGGAGACUAUCCAGGACGGCGAAGCCGUCAUCUCUGCUCCAGACCGUUUCUUCAAAAUUGUGCUGGUGGGCAACUCCAGUGUGGGGAAGACCUCCCUCCUGCGCCGAUUCUGCAACAACUGCUUCUCCCCAGGAACUUCUGCCACUGUAGGCAUAGACUACAGUAUGAAGACGUUGAUGGUGGACAGCACCCAGGUGGCUAUGCAGUUAUGGGAUACUGCUGGGCAGGAGAGGUACCACAGCAUCACGAAGCAGUUCUUCCGCAAAGUUGACGGCGUGGUCAUUGUGUAUGACAUCACUGCUGAGCAAAGCUUCAUCGCUGUACGUCAUUGGCUGACCAGUGUGCAGGAAGGGGCAGGAGAGGACAUUCCCAUCAUGCUCCUGGGGAACAAAAAGGACAUGGAGAGUGAGCGGCAGGUCCAGGCCAGAGUGGGCGAGGCGUUGGCCAAGCAGGAAUGCCAGCUCUGCUUCUAUGAAUGCAGUGCCUUCUCUGGCCAAAAUGUGUUGGAGUCCAUGGUCCAUCUGGCCAAACUCCUGAAGGAGCAGGAAGACGGAGAGAAGGAGAAGACCAUCCAGCUGGUGAACAGGGCUGCCAGCAGACGGUCCUGCUGCUUGGGGCAGUAGGUACUUGUGCUUUCCCAGCUGCGAUUUACUUCUUCUGCUUGUGCAUUUGGACCCAGUCAGCCAGCUCUUUAGCGCCUGUCUAUGGCCUGUCAGCACUGACACACUGCUGCUAAUACUGUGAUAACCAUGUUCUGCUGUCUGGGUUCUUCACCCAACAGGAAACAGGGUGCUGACAUGUCAUCACUGUGGAUGUGUGGUAGAAGCUAAGCCAUUGAUGUAAAAAAAAAAAAAAAAUGAUCAAACCAGGCUGAUUUUGAACACAGUCCUGGUUAUGUUUUUGUGUACUGUUGGUUGUAUGUUAAUGCUUGUUAAUAUGCCACGGUGUGCAUGGCCAGACUCCGAGCCUCUUAAUACAGAGACUGACAGAACUGGAAAAUACUGACGCAUGCUGUUUUAAAGAGCCAAAAAAACACACACACAUGUACUAUUUUCAUUGGGUAUGCAUGCUGUGUGUAUACAAAUAGACUGUAUAGUGUAUAGUUUUGUAUAGACUGCAGAUGCCAAAGAAAUACCGUUGUUACUAUGUAAAUACUUUUAGGUCUCUAUUACUUGCCUGUCAGGCAUGACUGUUUUUUGUAAAUUUGAAAGAUACCAGGCACUCGGCUAUUUCUGGAAGAUUUCAAAGUAGGCCAUGUCCUGAGACAAGCGAGUGAAUUCUGAGUUAACGGAUUUUACGCCUGCUGAGUUGCUGCUGGGUUUCACUACUCGGCACAGAGCCCCUGUUAUCCGUUACCUUUAGUGAAACUAUAGGGGCGUCUAAUUUCAGAGCCGACUGACCUUCAGGGUCCUGACUCUAAUCCCAGCCUGCAGGGUCUCUCAGCCUCUGUAUGGUCACAUGGGAGUGAGGUUCCCUGACCCCAGCAUGCCCCCACGACACUGUUUGCACACUGACAUGUUCCUAUGCAGGCCCAGUUGUAAAUAAGAAACUGAUUCUAUAUGUAUAUUGUAUUAAUAAUUUAAUAAAUAAUGACCAAACAAA